ACCUGAAGGUGGAAGUGACCAUGUUCUGACUGAGUCCUUAUGCAACACCAAAAUGUGCAGCAGAGUUCUCAUGCAUUCUUCAUUCAUUCACAUCCAAGCCAUCAUCAUGAAGUUUCAUGCUGUCAUUUUGCUGUGUUCGCUCUUUGGCUUCACACAACAGAGUUCACAAGAGGCCUGUGCCUGCACUCUGACUAGCAAAGAGAAGGCCUUCCCACUUGAGAGCCUCAACUUGGUCAACGACAAAGCGACCAAAUGCACGAGCACUGUCACCCAGCUUAAGGCCUCCGAGCUUGAGAGUAUGAUGCUGGGUUUGGAGCACCGUUUGCCUCAACUGCUCGAAGACAUGUCCAUUCUUGAGAAGGAGGACGAUGGUGGGCUCUACGGCGUCGUCAGUCUGCAGUUGAUCGAAAACGAGCUGAAGGAGAUCAAGGAGCUUGUUGACAAGCUUAGCACAACCACCCAAGGACACAAACACCUUUACACCGACUCUGCCAAACAGGCAGCGAACCUAAAAGAAGACCUGCAGGAGUUGGAGCUCUAUGACACCUUUCAGGUGGAGAAGAAACGACAAGAUAACCAGCGGCUGAAAAGAGCUUUGCACGAGUGCGAGGCUAAACAUGAUGUAAACACGCCACCCACACAGCCUCCACAUGAUAUGUGUCCCCAUGGCAAGUUUGUGAACAUCACCGGGCCUGAAGUGUUCUCACAAGGAGAGUAUGCUGGCUCCUAUAAGUAUGGAGGCUGGGGCCGUGACCCAAAACCAGAGGCGGGUGAGGAGCGCUGGUACUGGCGGGUGAUGAUGACCAGCAACAACAGAUACGCCAACUAUGUCCGUUAUUACUCCAGCCUGAGCACUCUGGUGGUAGGAGUGGGCUUGCCAGUGAACUUCCAUAUCCAUGCUUCCAAUCCAACCACCAACACAGUCCAAGGACCCAACGUUGUUCUGUAUGGCAAGGCCUUGUAUUACAAUUGUUACAACAAAGGCGACGUUUGUCGCUUCAACCUCACAUCCAAAACUGUCUCCACCCUGGAGUUACCCAAAGGCACCAGGUUUAACUCCAGGGCGAACUACUGCCACUUGGAGGAAUGCUACCCAUACACCGACAUGGACCUGGCCACAGACGAGUCGGGGGUUUGGGUGGUCUACAGCACCGUCCACAGCUUUGGCAACCUGGUGUUAUCCAAGUUGGAAGAAGGAGAUCCGCCCACGCUCGGCCGAACUUGGCACACUUCGCUCUUCAAGCAGGCGGUGACCAACACCUUCAUGGCCUGCGGCACCCUGUAUGCUACGCGUUAUGUCGACAAGAGCAUAGAGGAGAUCUUCUACUCACUGGACACCGUCACAGGGGUGGAGAAGUUCAACCUUGGCAUUUUUAUCAACAAGAUGUCUCCGAAUAUCAACUUCCUGAAUUAUAGUCCCAUAGACCAGAUGUUAUAUCUCUACUCUGACGCCAACAUGGUCUCCUACAAGGUUCUGUUUGAAUGAGCCUUCAAGCCUGGAAAUAAAGUUACCGCCUCAGCAUAGUCAAGAAAUAAAGGAGCUUGAUUCCUGCAGGUAAAACUAUAAUUAUUCUCUACAAGAAA